AUGAAAAAUUGCUGGGCAAAUCUAUGGCUUAUGAACAAGAAACAAAAACCAAAGCAAAAACCGAGACUGGUGGUGCUACAAAGGCCCACAGAAGAAGGGAUUGAGUCUAGAUACGAGUUAGGGAAGAGACUAGAUAUAGGAGAAAUCGGAACUACUUAUUUGUGCAAAGACAGAAAUACGGGAGAGAAAGUUGCGUGCAAGUCGAUUUCCAAGAAUGAACUUAUAAAAGCUAUUGAUAUUGAAGGGGUUAGAAGAGAGGUUGCUAUCUUGAGUCAUUUGCCUAAACACCCUAACAUCAUUACGUUGAAGGAUACGUAUGAAGACGACGAUUACGUUCAUCUUGUUACAGAACACUGUGAAGGUGGUGUGCUUUUUGAUCGAAUCGUUGCUAGAGGACAUUACAGAGAACGCUCCGCAGCUUCUAUCAUUAAAACCAUCGUCCAAGUUGUUCAGAUGUGCCACAAACAUGGUGUGAUGCAUAGGAAUCUCAAACCUGAAAACAUUUUGUUUGCAAAUAACAUGGAAACAGCGCCCUUAAAAGUUACUGACUUUGAUUUGUCAAUAUUCUUUAAACCAGGUGAAAGAUUUCAUGAGAUAGUUGGUAAUCUAUAUUACAUGGCCCCUGAAUUGUUAAUGAAAAAUUAUGGUCCUGAAGUUGAUAUAUGGAGUGUUGGAGUAAUUCUUUACAUCUUACUUUGUGGUGUCCCCCCGUUUUGGGCAGAAACUGAGCAGGGAGUUUCUCAAGCAAUUAUACUGUCGGUUAUUGACUUUAAAAGAGAUCCAUGGCCAAUGGUUUCUGAUAAUGCAAAAGACCUUGUUAAGAAGAUGCUUGAUCCUGAUUCUAAGCGCCGGCUUACUGCACAGGAAGUGUUAGAUCAUCCAUGGUUGCAGAAUGGUAAGACAGCUUCUAAUGUUUCUUUACGAGAAACCGUCAAUGUACGGCUCAUGCAAUAUUCUGCAAUGAACAAACUUAAGACAACAGCAUUGAGGGUGAUUGCAGAUCAUUUGUCUGUAGAAGAAGUUGCUGGAAUUAAAGAGGGAUUCCAUCUAGGCCACCAAAUUCCUGAUGCAGAUGUCCAAAUACUUAUGGAAGCUGGUGAUGUAGACAAAGAUGGGUACCUAGAUUAUGGGGAGUUUGUAGCCAUUUCUAUUCAUCUGAGAAGGAUAUCCCAUGAUGAACACCUACACAGAGCAUUCCAAUUUUUCGACAAAAAUGAAUCUGGGUAUAUUGAACUUGAGGAGUUACGUAAUGCUUUAGCCGACGAGAUUGACAAAAACAGUGAAGAAAUCAUUAAUGCAAUUAUGCAUGAUGUGGACACAGACAAGGAUGGAAAAAUAAGUUAUAAGGAAUUUGCUGCAAUGAUGAAGGCUAGAACUGAUUGGAGAAAAGCAUCAAGGCAGUAUUCACGAGAGAUGUUUAACAGUAUAAAUUGA